AAGCAUGACAUUGUGAUUGGGAACAUCUCACUUGUCCAUUCGGAUCGGAUGGAUAGGAGGUAAGGGGAUGUAGAAAAAAAUAUAUGGGUGGGGAAGUAUAGUAAGUUUUUUCCUCUCUCUCUCUCUCGUUCCCAUUAUCAUUCUUGUACAAAUUUGCAAACUAGUGAGUCAAGAUCUACAAUUUUGUAUCCAACUUAAUAUCAUGAAACUAAUUGGCACAGAGAUUAAGACAAAUCGAAGUUUAUUUAAGCGACAGAGUGGACAUAGGAGAAACUUAUGUGCCAACCAUGGAGGAGUACAUGAGCCAUGGUAAAGCAUCUUUGGGGGUAGACAUGAGAAUUGUUCCAGUCUUGUUUCUCAUGGGAGAGCGUAUUCAAGACCAUGUUAUUCAACAACUGGAUUCUAGAUCCAAGAUCUAUGAUCAAUUGUGCACUUUCAUGAGGCUCUUCAUUGAUGUCAAGACAUUUGAGGGGAGAAGAUAUAAUGGUUCGAGAUUUUCCGCUGUCACUUGCUACAUGAAACAAGAAAAUUGCUCAGAAAAGGAGGCUCUAGAGCAUCUAGGAACUGUGAUUGAUGAAGCUUUUGAAGAACUAGUACAUGAAUAUCUAAAACCUAAUAGACUGCCACAUGCCUGCAAAAGGUUGAUGUUUGAAUAUUCAAGGAUCAUGCAGUUUUUCUACGGUACUAGUGAUAGCACAAACAGCAGUCAAAGGGACAGGAUAGAGAAUGCAAUUGAUUGCCUCUUUACUCCAGUUUGAUUUUAUUAGAGGAAGUCAUGUUGAUCUCUCUCUCACACACCCUCAGUUUAUGUAUGUUCUGUACACAUUGCUGGCAUGAACAAAUAACAGGAGUUUUCUCCUAAUAAGGACGCACAUAACCAAGCGAUUCAAUGCCAAUCCACUUUGUCACCAGUUA